AUGUAUCAUUACUUAGCAGCAAUUGUUGUCCUUGGUUACAUUUUAUACAAAUGUUAUAUUUAUCCCUUAUAUUUGUCUCCUUUACGGAAAGUUCCUGGUCCACCUGUUGACAAUUUUAUUCUUGGACAUUAUGCCUCUUUAUUAAAUAAAAAUAGGAAUAAAGCUUUUUCUCACUUAGUUGAACAAUAUGGUGGAAUAGUUAGGUAUCAUAGCUUAUUUAAUAAACCCUACAUCUUAGUUUCAGACCAAAAACUUGUCCAACAAAUACUAUCAACUCAUACAUAUGAAUAUCCGAGAGAUGUUUUUAAUAAACCUCCGAUCAAGGAUGUUUUGGGUGAAGGUCUUUUAUUUGCUGAAGGAAAUGUUCAUAAAAGACAAAGAAGGAUGAUGUCUCCUUCAUUUGCUCAUGUCAAUAUCAAGGAAAUGCUCCCAACAAUCAUUCAAGCUGGCUAUAAAUUAAGAGAUCUAUGGAUGAAACAAAUUGGUAAUAAGAAAGAGGAACGAAUUACAAUUACCGAUUCAAUUCAAAAUACAACUUUAGACAUUAUUGGUCUUGUUG